AUGGUGACCGCCUUGCUGGCAGCCCAAGCAUCCGCGGGACUAUAUCCACGGGACAGUGUGGAUAGACUGCAGGAUUCCGGCAUGAAAAAGUUGAAGGCAUACAUCGCCGCGAAUCCUCCCGAGUCCGGUUGCACUAUUGAGAAAGCCAUCAAGCGUAAGGAGUGGUCAUCUCUCACUCGUGGCGAAAGGCGGUUGUACAUCAAGGCCGUCAAGUGCUUGCACAGCAGACCCUCGAAGUACCCAAGGAGCGAAGCCCCCGGGGCUCGAAGUCGCUUCGAUGACUUUGUCGUGACGCAUGUCCAGCAGACAAUGUCAAUCCACGGAACGGCAAGACGCAACAAGCAAACUUUCUCUCGUGGCAUCGGUACUUCGUUUGGGCUUAUGAAAAAGCGUUGCGAGAAGAGUGCGGAUAUCGUGGCUAUCAACCGGUACAGUCUUACUUCUUCCCCCUUUCCCACACGCUCCAUGAUUGCUCAUUCCCGCCAGUACGAGCAUUGGCCGUACUACGCCUCCAACCCCCACGACUCCCCCCUUUUCGACGGCAGCGACGCCAGCAUGUCCAGCGACGGAUCGAAGGUUCCGCAUGCAGGCUAUCCAUGGGCGGCAUACAACAUACCGCCUGGUGACGGCGGCGGUUGCAUCAUGGAAGGCCCCUUCAAGGACUUCAAGGUAAAUCUCGGGCCAAUGGUCCCUUUCCUCCUCGACAUCCCCGCAAACCCUCGCCCCGACGGCUUGGGCUACAACCCGCGCUGCAUCCGACGCGACAUCAACCGGGUCGCAGCCAACUUCUCCAACGAGGAGUACACGUACGACCUCAUCACGAAGGAGACAGACAUCUCCUCGUUCCAAACUGUGAUGCAGGGCGACUUCAACAGCCUGAAUAUUGGCGUGCACGGAGGGGGCCACUUCAUGGUCGGCGGUGAUCCAGGCGGAGACUUUUACAUCUCGCCAGGGGACCCGUCGUUUUACCUGCACCAUGCCAUGAUCGAUCGCGUCUGGUGGAUUUGGCAGCUGCGAAACUUGGACGCGAGACUGGCUGCCGUUGCCGGGUUGACGUUUCCAAGUGAUGGGUCUGGGGUCAGGAACGGGACGUUGGAUGAUCCAGUUGAUCUCAAUGUCAACGGGGAGGGAAUACAGGUUAGGGGACCUGCUUGA